AUGGCGACGCCGGCCAAGAUCGAGGGCGCCGUGCCCAAGAAGGUGUACAUGCACUACGACGAGGGCAGCGAGGCGCAGACGCUGACGCUCAAGAUGACGCUGCCCUCCAAGUGGGCGGGCCACACCGUCGACUACCUCAAGGAGUUUUUCGUGGAGCACUACAACAACAAGAAGCCGGACAACACGCUGGACGCGGCGCAGAUGCACCUGGAGAAGAAGGGCAACAACGCGCCCUUCGGCGACGAGCUGCUGCACACGGCCGUGCAGAAGUACGACGACCUGUUCCUCAAGGCGGGCGCCAGUACGCUCAAGCCGGUCAAGGUCCAAAAGAGCGCUGCCCCUGCGACCUCGGACAAGAAGCUGCUGCAGUGCAAGAACCACGGCUGCCAGAAGAAGUUCGCGGAGGAGGAGAACAACGACCAGGCGUGUCGUCACCACCGCCUGCCGCCGCUGUUCCACGACAUGAAGAAGGGCUGGCAGUGCUGCUCGAGCAAGAUGGUGUACGACUGGGACGACUUCGAGAAGAUCGAGCCGUGCGUCGUGGGCCGCCACUCGGUGGUGGGUCCCAACGAGCAGUUCGCGGCCUCGCCGACGGUUGCGGCGGCUGAAAAUGCCGCCAACUCGGCGGGUGCUGCGGCCCCGCCGGCGGCUCCGCUCAAGUCCAUCGAGGACUACAACCAGAAGAACCCGGACGCGGUCACGGCCGUCUCGGCAGCCAAGGAGAACCAGACGGUGCCGGCCCCCAAGCGCACGGACGGCAAGGCCAACUGCGUCAACUUCGGCUGCCAGCAGGAGUACGUGGUGGCCGACAACACGGACUCGUCGUGCAGGCACCACGCCGGCGCGCCCGUGUUCCACGACGCCAGCAAGUACUGGAGCUGCUGCCCCAAGGACGUCAAGUACGACUUCGACUCGUUCCUGAAGGUGCCCGGCUGCGUCGUGUCGGCGCACUCGGACGUCAAGACGGCUUAG